ACUCCGCGAGCGGUGGGCGGAGCUGCGUGCUCCGGGGUGUGAGGUGGGGCGGACCCCGCGGCGGCGGCGCGGCUGACGUGGAGCGUCCGGGUUAGCGGGUGCGGCGAGCUGCGGGAUUGGGGAGCAACGGGCCGGGCCCGGCCUUCGGGCCCGAGGCGGCGGCGGCGGCGGUAUAAAGCCGGCGACUGGGAGCAUGUAAUGUCGGAAUGCGGAGGCCGCGGCGGCGGCAGCAGCAGCAGCGAGGACGCCGAGGACGAGGGAGGGGGCGGCGGCGGCCCCGCGGGCUCCGACUGUCUCAGCCCGAGCCCGGCCCCGGCCACAGCGUCCUCGGCGGGCCGGCUCCGUCGCGGGCUGCGUGGCGCUUCCCUCAUGGCGCGCCAGCGGCCGGAGCUGCUCUGCGGGGCCGUGGCGCUCGCCUGCGCGCUGCUCCUCGCCCUCAAGUUCACCUGCAGUCGAGCAAAAGAUGUGAUAAUGCCAGCAAAGCCACCUGUCAGCUUUUUCUCCCCGAGGUCUCCAGUCCUUGACCUCUUCCAGGGGCAGCUGGACUAUGCAGAGUACGUUCGCCGGGAUUCAGAGGUGGUACUGCUGUUCUUCUAUGCCCCUUGGUGUGGACAGUCCAUCGCUGCCAGGGCAGAAAUUGAGCAAGCAGCAAGUCGGCUUUCAGAUCAGGUGUUGUUUGUGGCAAUUAACUGUUGGUGGAACCAGGGGAAAUGCAGAAAACAGAAACACUUCUUUUAUUUUCCUGUAAUAUAUCUGUAUCAUCGGAGUUUUGGACCAAUCGAAUACAAAGGCCCCAUGAGUGCUGUUUACAUUGAGAAGUUUGUCCGCCGGGUGAUGAAACCACUUCUCUACAUCCCAUCUCAAUCAGAAUUACUAGAUUUUCUCUCAAACUACGAGCCUGGAGUACUCGGGUACUUUGAGUUCAGUGGCUCACCCCAGCCUCCUGGUUAUUUGACCUUCUUCACCUCAGCAUUACAUUCAUUAAAGAAAGGAUCCAGUCUGGGAUCCCAUAUCGCAACGAGUUGUUUUUUUCUCAGUUUCCUUCAACCUAUGACAAAUCCUCUGUCUUUCCUUGUCCUUUAUAACCUUGACACUUCUGAAGAAUACUCAGAUUACCUAGGAACAGUACGAUUUGGGGUUAUCACAAAUAAACAUCUUGUGAAACUGGUAUCCUUAGUACACUCUGGAAGUGUGUAUUUACAUAGACAUUUCAACACAUCACUUGUCUUCCCCAGGGAGGUCCUGAACUACACAGCUGAGAACAUCUGUAAGUGGGCCUUAGAAAACCAGGAGACGCUCUUUCGGUGGCUGCGGCCACACGGAGGCAAGAGUCUCCUGCUGAAUAACGAGCUGAAGAAAGGACCAGCGCUGUUUGUGUUCAUACCUUUUAAUCCCCUGGCCGAAAGUCAUCCUUUAAUAGACGAGAUCACCGAAGUGGCCUUGGAGUACAACAACUGUCAUGGGGACCAGGUGGUGGAGCGUCUCCUUCAGCACCUGCGGCGGGUGGAUGCUCCAGUGCUGGAGUCCCUGGCCCUGGAAGCGCCGGCACAGCUGCCAGACCCGCCGCUGAUCACAGCGUCCCCCUGCUGCAACACUGUGGUGCUGCCCCAGUGGCACUCCUUCUCCAGGACCCACAAUGUCUGUGAACUCUGUGUCAACCAGACCACCGGGGGCAUGAAGCCAAGCUCGGUCAGCAUGCCACAGUGCAGCUUUUUUGAAAUGGCAGCAGCUCUGGAUUCUUUCUACCUCAAGGAGCAGACCUUUUAUCAUGUGGCAUCAGACAGCAUAGAAUGCAGCAAUUUUUUAACUUCCUAUAGCCCCUUCAGCUACUACACUGCAUGUUGCAGGACCAUAAGCAGGGGUGUGGCAGGCUUCAUCAACUCUGAACAAGGUGUCUCUGAAGCCCCUACCGUUGCAUUUUCUUCCCUUGAGAAGAAAUGUGAGGUUGAUGCCCCAAGCUCCGUUCCUCACAUUGAGGAGAACAGGUAUCUCUUCCCAGAAGUGGACAUGACUAGCACAGACUUCACAGGCCUGAGCUGCAGAACCAACAAGACUCUCAACAUCUACCUUUUGGAUUCAAAUUUGUUUUGGUUAUACGCAGAGAGACUGGGUGCUCCGAGCUCCACUCAGGUGAAAGAAUUUGCGGCAAUUGUUGACGUGAAAGAAGAGUCUCACUACAUCUUGGAUCCAAAGCAAGCACUGAUGAAGCUCACCCUAGAGUCUUUUAUUCAAAACUUCAGCGUUCUCUAUAGUCCCUUGAAAAGGCAUCUCAUUGGAAGUGGCUCUGCACAGUUCCCGUCUCAGCAUUUAAUCACUGAAGUCACAACUGAUACCUUUUGGGAAGUAGUCCUUCAAAAACAGGGUGUUCUCCUGCUCUAUUACGCUCCGUGGUGUGGCUUCUGUCCAUCCCUCAACCACGUCUUCAUCCAGCUAGCUCGGAACCUGCCCAUGGACACAUUCACUGUGGCAAGGAUUGAUGUGUCUCAGAAUGACCUUCCUUGGGAAUUUAUGGUUGAUCGUCUUCCUACUGUCUUGUUUUUUCCCUGCAACAGAAAGGACCUAAGUGUGAAAUACCCCGAAGACCUCCCCAUCACGCUUCCAAACCUGUUGAGGUUCAUUUUGCAUCACUCAGACCCUGCUUCCAGCCCCCAGAACGUGGCUAACUCUCCUACCAAGGAGUGUCUUCAGAGCGAGGCAGUCUUACAGCGGGGGCACAUCUCCCACUUGGAGAGAGAGAUCCAGAAACUGAGAGCAGAAAUAAGCAGCCUCCAGCGAGCACAAGUGCAGGUGGAGUCCCAGCUCUCCAGUGCCCGCAGAGAUGAGCACCGGCUGCGGCAGCAGCAGCGGGCCCUGGAGGAGCAGCACAGCCUGCUCCGCGCGCACAGUGAGCAGCUGCAGGCCCUCUAUGAGCAGAAGACACGCGAGCUGCAGGAGCUGGCCCGCAAGCUGCAGGAGCUGGCCGAUGCCUCAGAAAACCUCCUUACCGAGAACACAUGGCUCAAGAUCCUGGUGGCGACCAUGGAGAGGAAACUGGAGGGCAGGGAUGGAGCUGAAAGCCUGGCGGCCCAGAGAGAGGUCCGCCUCAAGCAGCCUGAGCCCUCAGGUACCCCCCAGCUCCCUGGCAGCUCCCCUCCACCUGCCAAUGUCAGUGCCACACUGGUGUCUGAAAGGAAUAACGAGAACAGGACAGACUAACUUUUUAAACGACAUGAAGAAAUCAGAGGUGAAAAUUGUACAUUGGGAAUAUAUUUAUGCAAAUUUUAUUGAAAUUUAUUGUAAAUAAAGAUUUUCUCAGUGGUCUAGAAAAUCA